AUUAUAUAGAAAGUAGUAUGUAUCUAUAUAAGUACUUAUGUAGUAGAGACUCCGAACCGCUUGUGCCACUGUUGCAUUGUAUUGUUGGUUUCAAAUGUUAUAUUUAUUGUUACUCAAUUAGUAAAAAUGACACGAAUUACAUUCUUACAUCCGGACCUUGGAAUUGGAGGAGCUGAACGAUUGGUAGUUGACGCGGCAUUAGCCUUAAAAAAAAAGGGUUAUGAUGUUAACUUCGUGACAACUCAUCACGAUCCGGAGCAUUGCUUCUCUGAAACCAAAGAUGGAACAUUUCCUGUAACAGUUGUAGGAGACUGGUUACCCAGGCAUAUUCUGGGUAGAUUUUUCGCACUUUUCGCUUACAUUNUUCAGAUAUAUGCCGCUAUUUACAUCAUUUUUUGUGAACAUCGACCAGAAAUUGUAUUUUGUGACUUAGUUUCUGUUUGCAUUCCUAUUUUACGUUUAAGAAUUCCACAUGUAAUAUAUUAUUGUCAUCAUCCAGAUCAGUUACUCUCACAACCAAAUGGCAUUAGUAAGCAGAUAUACCGAAUACCACUUAAUUAUUUUGAAGAAAUCACAACAGGAAUGGCACAUAAAGUAUUUGUAAAUAGUUUAUACACGUGUCGUGUAUUUAAGGAUACUUUUAAGAGGUUACAAGUUCAACCUGAAAUCUUGUAUCCUUCAAUCAAUACAGAGUUUUUUGAUAAAACUAGAAUCAUAUCUUUGGAAAGAGUAUUAGAUAGAAAGUUACCAUCAGACAGUGUUAUAUUGCUAUCAAUUAAUAGAUACGAACGUAAGAAAAAUUUGGGAUUAGCUAUAGAAGCAUUGGCAGAACUGAAAAAAUAUUUAUCAGAUGAAGAAUAUAAAAAUGUGUAUUUGAUUAUGGCUGGUGGAUAUGAUAAAAGAGUUGAAGAAAAUGUAGAAUAUUAUUUGGAAUUAAUAGGGCUUGCAGAUGAAUUACAUGUUACAGAGAAAGUGAUAUUUCUUCGUUCUCCUUCAGAUAUUGAUAAAGUAUCUAUCCUAAAUCAUUGUAAAAUUUUAAUAUAUACACCAUCAAAUGAACAUUUUGGUAUUGUCCCUCUUGAAGCAAUGUAUACAAGUAAACCAGUAAUUGCUCACAAUUCUGGAGGUCCAAAAGAAUCUGUUGUUUCUGGGGUAACUGGAUUUUUAGUUGAGUUAUCUGGUGAUGCAUUUGCUUCGAAGAUAGCUUAUUUGAUUAAAAAUCCAAGUUGCAUACAAAAAUUUGGUAACAUGGGUAAAGACAGAUUUAUUGAAACUUUUAGUUUUGCUGCAUUUAGUGCUCAAUUAAAUGAAGCAGUUGAACAUUUAAUUAACAAUAAGAAAGAAAAAUAAAGCUAUAAUAACUACAUUUUUAUAUCUCUGAAAUAAAUAUUUAAAUUGUUACAUUUUAAUUAUAUUUUUUAUAUUGAAUGAAUGUAUGGUGACUGUGUCAAAGAUAUAAGAUGGUAUCAUAUAUAAACUUUUACAAGAUAGACUGCACUGCAACUGUAACUUAUUGUAUUUUUAAUACUAGAAAAAUUGUUUCCAUUUUUGUUUUAUAUUCAUCUUAAUUUUUAUUAUAUUAGUUUCUAUUUUAACACAGUAGAAUAUUUAUUAGUUUAUUUAUUUUGAAGAUAGAAAUUUUUUCAUAUAUACUCAUUCUUUAUGUUUAUCAUGCACAUGAUCUUUAUACUAUGUUCAUGAAAAGAUCAUUAAUUGUACGAUAUAUAUAAAAUUGUUUAAACUAUAUUACAAUUUAUUCAAUUUGAAAUUAAGUAUAAUUUGUAAUGUUUCUUAAUAUGUUGACUUCCAUGUAUAUUUUUCCAUGUUUUCCAUUGCAUCCGAAAUUUAUCUUAUGUUAAUUAUAACAUAAGCAUGAUAGUGAAAUUGUGAUAUGUUGGGCAAUUUAUUACAUAAUAGUCAACACAUUAAUUUGAAACAAUUCUUUUGUUGCAUUUAUUAAGUAAUGUUCAGUAAGAAGUUAAUCCAUUAAUUGUGAACUGUCAAGUUUUUCACUGGAAUAAAAACCUGCUUUAACUUGUCUUCCACCAAAAAAACGUCCAUUCAAAUCGACAACAGCCUUAAUAGCACUUUCUAUUCUCUUGAAUUCUACAAAGAUUCGAACUGCUUCUUCUGGAGCAACUUCUGUUACUUCAUGAAUAAUAACACGUGCAACAUCACCAUAUUUUGUGUUACAUUCAUCUUUGACUUCAGGUUCAAGAUCAUCGUCUACUUCACCAGGACCAACCAUAUUGCGUAGUAAGACAACCUAAUUUAUAAUUAACAGAAUAUUAAGUAACAACAUUAAAAAAUAAUAUUCCAAAUCAUUUAUGAUAUCCACUACUUUCUUAAAAUGUUACCUUGCUUGGACAUUUCAUUAUUUCUGUAAUACUAGGCUCCUCAGAAGGUUGCAGUGCAGCAGCCUGUUGUGGAGGUGGUGGAGAAACAGCAAUAGGUGGUGGAGGAGGCAUAAGUUGUUCUCUUUCCCCAACAAUUCUACCACCUCUUUUACUAGUUUUUUCUACUUGUAAAGCAACAGACAUUCCUUGUUCUUUUUUACCAAGACCUUGACCUUCCUUAAAACCAUAUUUGGCCAUUAUUUUUGCUGCUACGGAUGAUGUUGCGUAUCCUAUAUUAGUAGCUUGUCUUGGUGCUGGUGGUGGCAGAUCGGAAGAUUCUUGUAAAGAAGGUGGUGGUGCUAUAGCUGCUCCUCCUGCAAUACCUCUGGAUGUUGGAGUCCUUUCCUCAUCCCUCUCAGGAGGUAUCAUUGUGUUAUUUCCAGAAGAAGUCUAAAUAUACACUUGUGUUACUCCAUGUACAAAGAAACUUGACUUGUACAGUUUUAUUUAAACAUUAAAUGUCCCAUAUUACCUGUGUAUCUUCAAAACGUGAACUGUCACGUCUUCUCUUACGCAUUUCAGUUUCUUGAUCAUGUUCUCUAUCACGUAAAUCCCUUAAUUCCUUAACAACUUUGUCGUAUUCAUUGGGCCACAUAGGAUCAUAUUCAUUUAUUACAUUCCAAUCGAAUUCACCACCUAUUCCAAUACUGCUAACGCUACUGGAAGAAAGUGGAUUAUUAUGUGGCCCAUCAUCAUCUCUAUCUGCAUUUCGAUUUGAUUUUGACUUUAAAUCUAUUACAGGUGCUAAUACUGCUGUGGCUUUUCUAUAUUGUUCACGCUUCGGCUACACAUGUAACAUAAUAACAAUUUUAAAUGUUGUCAUGAUUCAAUUGUUAUUACGUAAAAAAACUUACCUGUGUAGUAGCGGCUUUUUUUAAUUGUAAUUGAGAUUGUAAUAACUUAAUGCUAGAUGACCAUCCAGCCACCUUUUCGGAUGUUCGAUGCUUAUCAAAAUCAUCGUACAAUGACAUUGUGUUCAGCUAUUAUAUGUCACGUUUCCAUUAAAACAUCGUACUUAAUUUUAAAGUAAAAGCUGUUUCGAGACGAUAAAUAAUAUUG